AUGGCAACCUUCCCUCACUCCUCAGCGCCGCUCAAGACGGUGCAGGAGAUUCAAUUCGGUCUCUUCUCGCCCGAUGAAAUCAAGAGCAUGAGCGUGUGCCAUAUCGAAUAUGCCGAGACUAUGGACGAGCAGCGCCACCGACCGCGUGAGAAGGGCUUGAAUGACCCCAAACUCGGCACCAUCGAUCGCAGCCAGAUGUGCGCUACCUGCGGCGAAAGCCAACAGGAGUGUCCUGGUCAUUUCGGGCACAUCGAACUUGCUGUGCCCGUCUUCCAUGUCGGCUUCAUCACCAAGAUCAAGAAGAUCCUUGAAUCCGUUUGCCACAAUUGUGGUAAGCUCUUGGAAGAUGAGAGCAACCCUCUGUUCAAAAGAGCCGUCGGACUGCGAGAUCCCAAGCGCCGUUUCGAGGCCGUCACCCGCCUAUGCAAACCCAAGAUGACCUGCGAUCUCGAUGCCAAGAACGAUGACGAGCAGGAAGAUUUCGGCUCCAACCCAAAGAAGGAGAAGCGCCCAGGGCACGGCGGUUGCGGCAAUAUUCAGCCAACCAUUCGAAAGGAGCAGUUGAAGCUGAAUGGCACCUGGAAACUCGGCAAGAACGAAGAUGGUGAGGACAAUGGUGUCGAGAAGAAAAUCAUCACACCUCAAGAAGUACUCCGUGUUUUCGGCCUGAUCUCAGAGGACGACCUUCUCCGUCUGGGAUUGAACGUCGAUUAUGCCCGUCCGGAGUGGAUGGUCCUGACAGUACUUCCUGUCCCACCGCCGGCAGUCCGUCCUAGUAUCUCGGUUGACGGAACCAGCCAAGGCAUGCGAUCGGAAGACGACUUGACAUACAAGCUGUCUGAUAUCAUUCGCGCCAAUUCGAAUGUGCGACGCGCCGAGCAGGAAGGCUCACCGCAGCACAUUACCGAUGAAUUCACGUCUCUCUUGCAGUACCAUGUUGCGACCUACAUGGACAAUGAUAUUGCUGGUAUGCCCAAGUCGAUUCAGAAGUCUGGUCGUCCUCUCAAGGCUAUUCGCGCUCGUCUGAAGUCCAAGGAGGGUCGUCUCCGAGGCAACCUGAUGGGCAAGCGUGUCGACUUCUCUGCACGUACUGUCAUUACCGGUGAUCCCAACUUGGAUCUCGACCAAGUCGGAUGUCCGCGGUCUACAGCCAGAAUCCUUACAUUCCCGGAACGAGUUACACUCUACAACAUCCACAAGCUGCAAGAGCUUGUGCGGAACGGUCCAAAUGAGCACCCAGGAGCCAAGCACAUCAUCCGAGAAGACGGUUCUCGUAUCGACUUGCGGUACCACAAGCGAGCUGGCGAGAUUCAGCUGCAACUUGGCUGGAUUGUCGAACGCCAUAUCGUCGACGGAGACUACAUCAUUUUCAACCGACAGCCUUCUCUCCACAAAGAGUCCAUGAUGGGUCAUAGGGUGAAGGUGAUGCCUUACUCUACCUUCCGUCUCAAUCUGUCGGUCACAUCCCCAUACAACGCCGAUUUCGAUGGCGACGAGAUGAACAUGCACGUUCCUCAGGGCCAUGAAACUCGUGCCGAGGUGGCCAACCUGUGUGCUGUUCCUCACAAUAUUGUUUCUCCUCAGAAGAACGGACCGCUCAUGGGAAUUGUUCAAGACACCAUGGCCGGUAUCUGGAUGAUGACGAGACGUGAUACCAUGAUGGAUUAUGAGCAAGUCAUGAACAUCUUGAUGUGGGUGCCCGGUUGGGACGGUGUCAUUCCGACUCCUGCUAUCCUCAAGCCUAGCCCACGCUGGACUGGCAAGCAGAUAAUAUCACUUGGCCUUCCGCUUGGACUGAACAUUUUCCGGAAGAGCGAGGAGGGCGAUAUUCCCUUGCUAGAGAAAGAAGAGCCCGUCCUCAUCCAGAAUGGUGAGCUUGUCUGGGGCCGCUUUACAAAGAAGCUGGUCGGCGCUUCCGGUGGCGGUGUCGUACACUACAUCUUCAACGACAAGGGUCCGGACGCUACGGUCGAGUUCUUCAACGCUGCGCAGCGCAUCUGCUGCUACUGGUUGCUUCAUCAUGGCUUUAGCGUUGGCAUUGGCGAUACUGUCCCAGAUGCCGAUCUGGUCGCCAAGAUCGAGGAACAAGUCGUCAAGUACAAGACGCAGGUCGAGGAGUACAUGAGCGAGGUGCAAAUUGAUAACAUGGAGGCUUCGCCAGGUAUGACGGUCCGUGAGACAUUUGAGAACAAGACGAAAACUGCGCUCGACAAUGCCCGAAACGGAGCUGGUGACGUGGCUUACAAGGGCAUGAAUGCCUGCAACAACGUCGGUACCAUGGUCAAAUCCGGAUCCAAGGGCUCUACAACGAACGUCUCCCAGAUGACUGCAGCAGUCGGACAACAGUCUCUUGAAGGCAAGCGUCUUCCAUUCGGCUUCAAGGACCGCGUGCUUCCGCACUUUCCCAAGGAUGACUAUUCACCAGCAUCCCGCGGGUUUGUGGAGAACUCCUAUCUACGGGGACUGACACCACAAGAGUUCUUCUUCCACGCCAUGGGAGGUCGUGAAGGUCUCAUUGACACUGCUGUCAAGACUGCUGAGACUGGCUACAUUCAGCGUCGACUUGUCAAAGCACUCGAAGAAAUCAUGAUCAAGUAUGAUGGUACCGUACGCAACUCACUCGGCGACAUUCUACAGUUCACGUAUGGUGAGGAUGGGCUCGAUGCUACAUACAUCGAAGCACAGAAUCUUGAGAUCAUUACUUCGUCUAACGAGGCUUUCGAGAAGAAGUACAAGAUCGAUGUUAUCAGCCCUAGCAGCAAGGAUCAAACCUUGACCUCAAAUUACCUGGAGGUUGCGAACGAGCUGUCAGGAGAUGUUGAAGUCCAGCAGCUUUUUGAUGAAGAAUUUGAAGCCAUCAAACACGAUCGUGCGAAGAUUCGGCAGAAUCUCGACGAUGCUGAUGAUCGCCGCUUCCUACCAUUGAAUGUUGGUCGUAUGAUCGCGAACGCGAGGAAUAAGUUCAAGAUCAACGAUAACAGCAAGAGCGACCUUGACCCUCGGGAAGUAAUCCCCAAAGUUCGAUCUCUUCUGGACCGCCUCAAGAUCAUUCGCGGAGAUGACGAGCUGUCCAAGGAGGCUGACUUGAAUGCUACGCUCCUGUGCAAAGCCCUCUUCCGCUCCCGUUUGGCGUUCAAGCGACUUGUCAAGGAAGACAAGCUCAGCAAGCUUGCGCUCGACAACAUCCUUGGCGACAUCGAAAAUCGCUUCUUGCGCGCUCUUGUCAGCCCGGGUGAGAUGGUUGGUGUGCUCGCUGCGCAAUCCAUCGGAGAGCCAGCCACUCAGAUGACGCUGAACACAUUCCAUUUGGCAGGAGUCACGGCGAAGACCACCACCAAGGGUGUACCGCGUCUGAAAGAAAUCUUGAACGUGGCUGACAACAUCAAGACGCCGAAUAUGAAAGUGUACCAGCUGCCCGAGGCACGCGCUGCCCAAGACUCUGCGAAGCUGCUUCGCUCCAAAGUCGAAUUCACAAGCCUUCGUGGAGUUACCGAUGCCGCUGAGAUCUACUACGAUCCGGACAUCGAGAGCACCGUCAUCGAUGAAGAUCGAGACAUGGUGGAAUCCUAUUUCAUCAUCCCAGAGGAGGGCGCUGACUCUCCCGAUGCGCAGAGUCGAUGGCUCCUCCGCUUUGUCCUGGGACGUCGACAACUGCUUGACAAGGGCUUGACAGUCACUCAGGUUGCCCAGAAGAUUAAGGAGGUGUACACCUCUGAUAUUGCUGUCAUCUUCUCCGACGACAACGCUGAGCAAACGGUGGUUCGUGUUCGCAUGUUGAACCGGGGCGACAAGGACGAGGAAGGUGAUGAGUCAUCGGAGGAUGACACCCUGAAACAGCUUGCCGAGCACAUGCUUGACAAUGUCAUCCUUCGCGGUGUGAACGGUGUUCGCCGUGUCUUCGUCUCCAAGGCCAACCAGAUCAUCGAGAAGCCGAAUGGUGCGAUGACCCAGGGUGGCGAGGAAAGCGUGGAAUGGUACUUGGACACCGAUGGUGUUAAUCUGCAGAAGGUUUUGGCAGUUGACGGCGUUGACUCCGCUCGCACGACCUGCAACCACUUCCAGUCGACUAUGAAAGUGUUCGGCAUUGAAGCUGUCCGUGCUUCUCUGAUGGCAGAGAUGAAGGACGUGUUGACUAACGACGGUUCUUACGUCAACCAUCGCCACAUGGCAAUUCUUUGCGACGUCAUGUGCGCGAGAGGAGAGUUGAUGGCUGUUACUCGUCACGGUAUCAACCGCUCGGACACUGGUGCAUUGAUGCGCUGUUCUUUCGAAGAGACCGUCGAAAUCUUGUUCGAUGCUGCAUCUUCAGGCGAACUGGAUGACUGCCGUGGUGUUUCCGAGAAUAUAAUUCUCGGUCAACUGGCGCCCAGCGGCACUGGUGAGUUCGACAUGCUUCUCGACAGCAACAUGCUAUCAACAGUCACCGCCACUCAACGUCCAAUGCAAGUCGGUGCUGCCGGCGGGGCAAUGUCACCAAUGUCAGACGGAUCUAUGACUCCAUACGAUAUGGGCUCACCAAUGUCCGAGAGCGGCGGAAUUGCUGGUCCAGACUAUGGAGCCAGCUUCUCGCCAAUCAUCAACCCUGGCCAAGAUGAAGGCGGUGGUCUUACUGCUUACGGUGGAGGUUACGAUGGCGGCGUGAGCCCGUACCGUGGAGGAAUUUCUCCCGGAUAUGCGCCUCAGAGUCCAUUCUCGGGUGGCUUCUCGCCCUCGUCGCCCGGUUACGCUGGAGGCUAUAGUCCCACCAGUCCCGGGGGAUAUAGCCCGACCAGUCCUGGUGGCGCCUUGACCUCCCCUGCCUACGCGAUGACAAGCCCUGCAUACUCACCCCAAAGCCCUGCGUAUCAACCGACGUCUCGCCGUCGUUCUCGCCGGGCUCUGGCUCCAAGGUCUCACCCACAAGUCCCUCAUAUUCCCCAACAUCGCCGAGUUAUUCCCCAACAUCGCCGAGUUACAGUCCAGCCAGUCCCUUUGGAUCAGCAAGCAACAAGUAUUCGCCAACUAGUCCCUCGUACUCACCAUCCUCGCCGGCGUUUUCCCCUGGAGCAGCAAGCAACAAGUACAGCCCAACUAGCCCGGCUUUCAGUCCAUCCUCGCCUGCUUGGAGUGCGCGAGGUGGUGGCGCUCCUUCGGCCCGCUCGCCCGUCUACUCACCGUCAAGUCCGGCAUAUCAGAACUCAGGAUCUGAUCAGUUUAGCCCUUCCUCGCCAAAUGAUCAGUUCUCUCCCUCUUCCCCGAAAGAUGGAUAGAUGGCCAGUGUAAAAUUAGUAGAUACCCAUGAUUCCGCCUCAUGGCGACGGACAGCAGAAAUGUAACAUCAUGAAUUCAAAUUUGGAUCUCUCUC